AUCUACCGGCUAUAGAGUUUUAACAAAAAGCUCCAAGCUGCUCUGCCACUGACAUAGGGAGGGUGGGAGUCAGUUUUACAGGAUCCUGCCGCAGAUCAACUGGUCGGAUUGUGUGUCGUCGGAAGUGCGUCUGAACUGUAUUUAAUCGGUUCUGUACACUAACAACAGAAGGUGAUCGUGAGAUAUCGUGGCUCGAUUAUUUAGAACUGAAAGCUAAGUCAUGACGAACAUGUUAUACCCAUUUCUUAUCGUCUUUGGCGCAUGUACAUGGCGCCACGUAGCCGCUUCACACGUUGUCAGACUUCGCGGUGUACCGGUUUCGAAGAAUUCAUUAUUUCCAGCAGAUCGUGACUUUCAGUGUUUAGAUGGAAGCUUGAUAAUUCCAUUCAACCGCGUCAACGAUGAUUACUGCGACUGUGGUGAUGGUAGUGAUGAACCGGCAACUGCCGCUUGUGCUAAUGGCUCUUUCUAUUGUCAUAAUCCUGGCCACAGGCCACAAUACAUACCAUCUAGCUGGGUCAACGAUGGUGUAUGCGACUGUUGCGAUGCCAGCGAUGAAUAUGCCUCUGAUAAAGCUUGCGUUAACAAUUGCCAGGAACUUGGAAAAGAGGCAAGAAUUGAGGCGGAGAGACUUGCAGAGCUAGCGAAACAGGGCGACAAGAUAAGACUUGAAAUGAUUACCAGAGGCAAACAGCUCAAGUUAGAGCAACAAUCGAACCUUGGUAAGCUUCAUGCAGAUCAUGAGGAAGCCGAGAAGAUUAAGAAGGAGAAAGAGAUAAUCAAGAAUCAAGCUGAGGAACGAGAGAAGAUCGCUCUGGAAAAAUAUAAACCUGUUGAAACUGAACAUCUUUCUACAGACCCUGAAGAAGAGGAAAUGAAUGCCAAUGAAGCAGAAGAUUAUUUCAAUCACCUAGAUUCUGAUUCUAGCGGCACCAUCUCCAUCUCUGAAAUACAAGUCAGGCAAACGUUCGAUGUCAAUAGGAAUGGAGAAGUAUCCAUCGACGAAGCGAAAUAUUUCUUGAACAACAAAGAGGAGGUCAACCUGCAGGAAUUCCUUGACUCUGCUUGGGCUAAUAUUAAGCCGUACAUCAUGCUAGAAGAGGGAACCUUCAAACACCCAGGCCAAGAAGGUGAACCUCUAGGACAUGAAGAGUCAGAGUUAUCUAAGGAGCAUGAAGAUGAUCAAGAAGGUGAAGGCGAAGAUAAUGCGGAGGAUGCAGACACUGAAGCAGAAGCACCAGCUCCUCAGUAUGAUGAAGAAACUCAACAAUUGAUCGAUGAAGCAGAAAAGGCAAGAAAUCAGUUGAAAGAGGCCGAAAGUUCCUCAAGGGACUUGCUGGAAGAAUUGAGAAGGUUAGAGGAGCGAAUUGAUAGAGACUAUGGUCCAGAUGAAGAAUUUGCAGCUCUAGAUGGACAUUGCUUUGACUACACAGACCUGGAAUACGUUUAUACACUGUGUCCGUUUGGAAAAGCUACUCAGAAAUCGAAGUCUGGUGGUUCGGAGGUUAUUCUUGGACACUGGCAUGACUGGGCUGAGUCUAGAGGAAACAAAUACGCAGCCAUGAAAUUCGAUCGAGGACUCGCUUGUUGGAACGGGCCAACGAGAUCUGCAAUAGUGAAUUUGUCUUGUGGUCUGGAUAACCAAGUUUUGUCCGUCUCAGAACCAAGCCGGUGCGAGUAUGCUAUUGAAUUUGCAACUCCAGCAGUCUGUCACAUUAAAAACCAUGCUGGUGAUUCUCACGAUGAACUUUGAGUGGCUAUUUACACCCUAAGCAAUGAAAUAUAUCAAACAUUCACUUUUCAACAUUUUGGGAUCACAAACAUAGUUAGUAUUAGGCAUAUUGCAAGAAUGAUUAUUAAUAGUGCUGUUCGUGGACAGAAGAUUACAGAAUAAAAAAAUUUCAUUCCUCGGAUUGAUUUUUUACCGACGUGAAAUUAAUGGUACAUAAUACCUAAGUGGUCACUGGAGGAAAACAAAAUCAGGGAGUAUCUUAUUGCAUUAAGAGAAUAUUUAUAUGAUUGGUAAAAGAUAUGUACAAAUAAAUACACGCAGAUAUUAGUUUGAAACAAUUAAUUUGUGUCAGAUUUGGCUAAUUUAUUAAUAAACUAUAUCUCUUAUUUUAUUUUUCAUCCCAAAGUGAGUCGAGCCUAGUCAAACCCAAGAUCUUGUUACAGAGUUUGGUAACAAUAUUAAAGACUAAAUGGCUUUGAAAAAUUUUAAAUUGGCACCUAUCUGGUAUUCUGACAUUAUAAUUGAUGAGGACUGAUUCAUUUUUUCCUCAUUAUAAUCUUGAGUCAAAUAUUUCGUGUAUACUUACCAAGGAAGUACUGAAGUCACAAGCAGAUGUACCAUCUCACCCAAUUAUUAAUUAUUAUGGAAUGUCCGCCUGUGAUACAUUCCUCAGAGUUGAAAUUCUUCAAAAAGAUUAAUAGAUCUCAUGUAUUAGGGAUAGCAUUUGGGUUGAAAUUAUUAUUCCAUCAAUUAUAAAACACACGAGGUUGAUUUCAAUUUCCCUUAUCACGAAUUGAUAAUAUCCAAGCUCGGAUGGAUCUUUAUUGUAAGUCAUAUUUUGUAAUUUUUUAAGGAGAUCAUGCUAACGUGUCUGGAAAAAUGAAUAAAACUUGUUGAAUUAUA